AAAUUUUGACAGUAGUCAACAUGCUGCGCUACUUCACGCUAGUUAGCCUUCUGGCACUGUGUCACGGAUUUGGAAGUAUAAAAACUUUUCCGGAAGGGUUGAUCGAACCAUCACCUUUGAAAACCAGUGACGCGCCGAAAUCGCGAAUCGUUGGUGGCCAGACAACAACAAUAGCAAAUUAUCCGUGGGCGGUUUCCCUGCAGCAUGAAUGGGAGGAAUACACGUACGACGCGAUCCAUUUUUGCACCGGUACCAUCAUCAAUGAAGACUGGAUUCUGGCCACCGGAGCAUGCGCUCUUUUAAUAGAGGCCGAGAACGUGACCAUCAGAGUCGGCAGCGACUAUUUCCACGAGGGAGGAACAGUUCACGAAAUCGAAUACGCCGUCUUCCAUCCUGAGUUCAACGAAACUACACAGGACUACGACCUAGCUUUGCUGAGGUUAAACACCAGUCUGACGUUGUCCAGCUCAGUUCAGCCGAUCAAGCUACCGAGUCUGAACCAAAAUUAUCCAGAAGGAACAAUUUUCUCGAUGGCCAGUUGGGGUGCAUCCGUCUUUCUGGGCGACAUGACGACCCAGCUGCAGUACAUAAGUCUUCCAACGAUCACAACCGAGCUGUGCCAGACCGUGUACUUCGAUCGCAUAACCGAUCGUAUGUUUUGCUCGUACGAAGAGUACGUCGGAAUGUGCAUCGGGGAUACAGGAGCGGCGGCGGUGGUGGACGGGGUCCUGAUAGGACUCGCGUCCUGGGAUUACGCCUGUUCGGCCUACGGCUACCCGGGGGUCUAUGCAAACGUCUCGGUGAUGGUCGACUGGAUCACGGAAGUCUCUUCAGCCUCGACACCGGCUCCUUUCCUCGGCCUGGUCGCAGCCCUGGUGGUUCUUCUGCGCUCCGAGGCGUAGUCCUCGGUCGGUUUCAGGGUGAGAACGCGGCUUGUAAUCCAUCGCGAAGGAGUUCUGCAGGACUAUCCAGUCAGCAGCCAGUCUUCGCGGUCUGUUCAGCCACUGGCUAUAGUCACUAAUUCCCGACGGCUGAGCUGCUAAUUCGUCGGACAGGUUCUCGCUGCUGCGGGUUAAGGACUCCUGCAGUAUAAUCCAGUCCCUGAUCCUCGCGAGCGAGGAGGACUGAUUCACCGGGGGCGAUGGGACUAGGAAUAGGAAACCCGGCGGCGGCGUCUUAAUCCGCAACUCGUCAGAAUCCCUUUCGGUGAACUGAUUCGAGACGACCGAGUCUCGAAAUGAUCCUGUUAAGUGUACACGCGAUCUAAUAACUUCUGACACUGA